AUGAACAGACAGCCUACUAGGGAGGAAAUCCAGCGCUGCGUGCUGCGUUGGCACCAGCUAAAGAAUCAGUAUGGAGACCAGGCUCCGAAUGUGCCUGAGUUCAACCAAUUGCUGAAGAUGAUCCGGUUUUUCCAACAGCAGGCUAUGCAGAGACACCAACAGCAGCAGCAACAACAACAGCAACAAAAUGGCUUAAAGACCAACGCUCAGUUACAACAGGGCCAACUGCCUCAUCAGAACCAGCUCAACUUCAACAAUAUGGGCCAGCCGGGCAGCAUGGCCAACAACAGCAAUGCCAACAUGAACCAAAUGAACAUAAACCAGAUGAGAGGAAUGGCGAAUGGUAAUCCGAUGUCUCAAAACAUGCAAGGCGUCAACAACCAACCAUACAUGCAGAUGCAAGGUAUGGCACCAGGGUCCCGUGGCUCUGGCUCCGCGAUGAACACGCCGGCAGUGGGCCACGCCAAUGUACACCCCGGUGCUCAGAUGUCAAUGAUGACUGGCCCUAAUUCACACUCCCCUGCCACCCAGUCGCCUCACGCUGCUAUGGCCAACACUCCUUCGAUGGGCCAGCCUUCUGGACAAGGCAUGGUGCAAUCGGGAAUUGGCGGUGCCUUACCGGGAAGUGCAGGUGGACCUGGCACCCAGGUUCAAGGUAUGCCUGGCAACACCGGGCUCCCACUGGGCCCUGGCGGGAACUUGGGUCCUCAAAUGGGCAAUAAUGCUGUACCUGCCACUUCUCCUGGCGAGGGUCCUUUCACACCACAGCAAAUCCAGCUACUUAAACUGCAGCACCAGAUGGUGAAGUUGUUAUUUCGCCCAUCAAACAACGGAUUCCCACCCAUUCCUCAAAACUUGGUUGACAUGGCUAGCAACGAGAGACUCGCUUUCAAUGGUGAUCCAUCUCAGCAGCAACAGCAGCAACAGCAGCAACAACAACAGCAGCCCCAGGUUCCAAAUCAGCAGCAGCUUCACAAUCAGCUCCGCAACCAACCCCCUAUGAGCCAUCCUCACCCAGCACAAAAUAGACCUCAGCAGACCUCAGCACAACAACUGCCUGCGACAAUUGGUGGUGCCGUUCCCGGCCUGGUGCCCUUCCACAGCCCCCAGCCUGGUAUGCAGCAGCCUCCAACGCCUGGAAGCCGAAGAAGCACUCAGAUACCUGCCCACAACCAGCCACCAACUCAGGUACCACUGGUGUCUAAUACUCCCAAGCCAGGAAGUACACCACAAGAUAAACUGGACCCUAGAAGAAAAGGAAAGAGAUCUGGUGGUAGCACACCUCAAGUCUCACUGGCCCCACAACCCGCUGGCGCCGUUCCUAUUCCACGCCAACCGGAGCCUCCCGUGCCUUUUGAAGAGCUUAAUUCCAGCGAGGAUCUUUCGAAGCAGCUCGUCGUGCCGAUGAGCAAACCCAACCUUCAAGUGGAUGCUUUCGAGAUCACUGAAAUUGCCGGGCACGCGAAAGACGACAUUCCAUUUAGCACGUUGUACACUGCUCAGAACAGAGUGAAAUACCCAUUUAUAAUGCCGAAUGGAAUCAACAUGGAUGAGAUUGUUACGAAUCGUGAAUCUCACAUAAUGCUUCAAAUCGACGCGCGUGCCACUCUGCUCCAAAAGAAGCUUGAGAACACCUCUGACGAUAUUGAGAAGCAAGACAUAUUGGUGGAAUUGGGUGAGCUUGAACUUAUACCUUACCAGAAGGAGAUACGAGGAAAAUUGCUUUCACAGCUUUGGUUCAGCAAGUCACUUCUUCCCAACUCUCACCCCAACUUCCUUGCCAAAUUUGGCAGUUUGACUCUCGAAAAUGUUGUUGCAACCGAGGAGUUGUAUAAACAACAACUUAAUUCAUUGGUACAAGCUCAAAACAAAAAGCACCAGACACAGGUAUCUAGAAUUCUUGGAUUUCAUCAAAGCAACAGCGAGCGAAUCGCCAACCGCAGAGAAAAGCUUGAGCGCCUUUCCAUUAGAAUCAAUAGUUUGCAUGCUCAAACCGCAAAGGAAGAGCAGAAGAAGGUCGAGAGGAUGGCCAAGCAGCGUUUGCAAGCUUUGAAGCUGAACGAUGAGGAGGCGUAUUUGAAAUUGUUGGAUCACACCAAAGAUACAAGAAUUACCCACUUGUUGAACCAGACCAAUCAAUUUUUGGACAGUUUGGCCCAAGCAGUGCAGACGCAACAAAAGGCGACUCAAAAGCGGAUAAAGCCCAGCGCCGAAGAGGAAGAAGCAGAGAAGGAGGAUGGCGAAGAAGCCAUGGAGGAAAAGAGAGAGAAGGUCGACUACUACCAUGUUGCUCAUCGCGUCAAGGAGGAGGUCAGUUCACAACCAAGCAUUUUGGUGGGUGGUACUUUGAAGGAAUACCAAUUGAAGGGUUUGCAAUGGAUGGUGUCGUUGUACAAUAAUCACUUGAAUGGUAUUCUCGCCGAUGAAAUGGGUUUGGGUAAGACAAUUCAAACAAUUUCCUUGUUGACUUACUUGGUUGAGAAGAAGAAUGUUCCUGGUCCAUUCCUUGUCAUUGUUCCACUUUCAACUUUGACCAACUGGAAUCUCGAAUUCGAAAAGUGGGCUCCAGCAUUGAGAAAAAUCACUUACAAGGGAACACCUGUGCAAAGAAAGGUAUUGCAACAUGAUGUUAGACUGGGUAAUUUCCAAGUUCUCUUGACGACAUUUGAGUACAUCAUCAAAGACAAGAGUCUCUUAUCCAAGACCAGAUGGGUCCACAUGAUUAUUGAUGAAGGUCACAGAAUGAAGAACGCAAACUCGAAGUUGUCCGAGACAUUAACUCAAAAUUACCACAGUGAUUACAGAUUGAUUUUGACAGGAACUCCAUUGCAGAAUAAUUUGCCAGAGCUUUGGGCCUUAUUAAACUUUGUUCUUCCAAAGAUCUUCAACUCUGUGAAAUCUUUCGACGAUUGGUUCAACACACCUUUUGCCAACACUGGUGGACAAGACAAGAUCGAAUUGAGCGAAGAAGAGACUCUUUUGGUCAUCAGAAGAUUGCAUAAGGUAUUGAGACCUUUCUUGUUGAGACGUCUUAAGAAGGAUGUGGAGAAAGACUUGCCCAAUAAGGUUGAAAAGGUUGUUAAGUGCAAGAUGUCUUCCUUGCAAUCCAAACUUUACAGAAUGAUGUUGAAGUACAAUGCACUUUUUGCAGGUGAAUCAGUCACUGGCCAGAGGCCCUCUACCAUCAAGAACGCUAAUAACCAACUCAUGCAAUUGAGAAAGAUCUGCAACCAUCCAUUCGUUUAUGAGGAGGUCGAGAAUAUCAUCAAUCCCAGAUCGGAGACGAAUGAUAUUAUCUGGAGAGUAGCCGGAAAGUUUGAGCUUCUUGACAGAAUCUUGCCCAAGUUCAAGCAAACAGGCCACAGAGUUUUGAUAUUCUUUCAGAUGACUCAAAUUAUGGAUAUCAUGGAGGAUUUUUUGAGACUUCGAGAAAUGAAGUAUAUGAGAUUGGAUGGUGCCACCAAGUCAGAUGACAGAACUGAGUUGUUAAGAUUGUUUAACGCCCCAAACUCCGAAUAUUUCUGUUUCUUGCUUUCCACAAGGGCUGGUGGUUUAGGUUUGAACUUGCAGAGUGCUGAUACUGUUAUCAUUUUCGACUCUGAUUGGAACCCUCACCAAGAUUUACAAGCCCAAGACAGAGCUCAUAGAAUUGGUCAGAAGAACGAGGUGAGGAUCUUGAGAUUGGUUACCGAGGACUCUAUUGAGGAAAUGAUAUUGGAAAGGGCUGUUGCCAAGUUAGAAAUCGACGGAAAGGUCAUUCAAGCUGGUAAGUUCGAUAACAAAUCGACAUCAGAGGAACAGGAGGCCUUGUUGCGUGCGCUUAUGGAGAAGGAGGAAGAAAGACGACUGAAGGCAAACGAGGAAGACGACGACAUGGAUGACGAUGAGAUGAAUCAGGUCAUUGCAAGAAACGAAGAAGAACUUACUGUUUUUAGGGAGAUUGAUGAGCAAAGAGCUCUUGACUUGAAAAAAUCUGGCUACCCAAGUCGCCUCUUCUCGGACCAAGAGCUUCCUGAGAUCUACCAGAAAGAUCCCGAGGUUUAUUAUAAGACCGACGAACAAUUAAUCGAGGAGUACGGAAGAGGAAACCGUGAGAGGAAAUCGAUGAGAUAUGACGAUAACAUGACCGAAGAAGAAUGGCUCAAGAAAAUCGAUGGCUAUGCAUCUGACGAGUCUGAUGAUGACAUCGUGCCUCGUAAAAAGGGCCGCCCAAGGAAGGAUGAUCGUAAAAGAGGUUUGGCUGAUGGCGAGUCUGCUGCGAAGAGACCAAGAUCAUCGACACCUAGCAGCCGUACUAAAAAAGGAAAGAUUGGCCGUCCUCGAUUGAAGGGUGCUUCUAAUAGAACAACACCUUCAAUCGAUCCUUUGGCGCCAGAGGAUAGACAGACCUUGCAGACACGAAUGGCAGACAUAUACUCUGCACUCAUUGACCUCACUACAGACGACCGGAAGUUGAGUGACAUGUUUUUGGUCAAGCCUUCCAAGAAGCUUUACCCAGACUACUACGUUUUGAUUAAACACCCGCUCGCUCUCGAUGCCGUCAAGAAGCGUAUGAGCAAUAAGACUUACACAGCCAUCAGAGAGUUCCUCGAGGACAUUCAUUUGAUCUUUAGCAACGCUAGGAUCUACAAUGAGGAGGGCUCGAUUGUUUACCAAGACUCAGUUAUGCUCGAGAAUCUAGCAGUUGACAAGUUCAGGGAAUUAUUCUCCGAUACUCCAGCAGAGGAGAUCGAGAAGAUCCUCGACUUCACAGAGUUUGAUGAAACCAACAAUCUCAAGCCGCUCGCCAUCAGCGGUUCCGCUGUUAAGCAACCGAUUAGUGCCAAGCCUGUCGAGAAUCUUGAAGACAUUGAUUUGAAGCCCGAAACUCACGAGCCUCCUAAGAUGGAUCUGCCCACUAAUAUGUUUGAUGAUGCCCUCAAACCGGACGACCUUAAUAUCGAUGACAUCGAUAAUGGUGAUACCGAUCGUUACUUCGAUAUACCCACUGACAUGUAA